AUCUCAGGGGGAGGUUCAGAGGGGACCUCAUCUCUCUACAGUUCCCCGACUGGAGGUUAUGCUGAGGUGGGGGCCGGUCUCUUCUGCCGUGCCUGCAGUGAGGGGACCAGAGCAAAUGGCCUUAAACUGAAACAGGGAAGACUCAGAUCAGAUAUUACAAAAACUUUUUCACUGUAAGAGGCACUAGAAUAGGUUGUCCAGGGGGGUGGUGGAGUCAUCAUCCCUGGAGGUGUUAAGAGACGUCCGGAUCCGGCGCUGGGCGAUGUGGUUCAGUGGUUACAGCGGUAGUGCCAGGUAGACGGAUGGACUGGAUGAUGUUGAAGAUCUCUUCCAACCUUGAUGAUUCCAAGAUUCUACGUGAAACAAGCGGCCAGAGGGGAGCAAGGCCACAGCCACCCCGUUCGUACCCCUACGCCCCACAGCCGCCGGCGGCCAAACCCGGCCGCAGCCCCUUCCCCGCCGCCGCCGGAGCAUGCGCAGGGCCGGGCCAGUUCCGCCGCCGCCCCCGCUCUGCUCAUAGCGGCGCUGCCGGGAUCCAGGGGAGCCGCUCCCGCCGCCCCUCUCCGUACUGCGGGCCCCGACGGACGGCAGCCAACAACCCUCUGGGCCGGAGUCUGCCCUUUGCCCAGUAGGACUUCAUCAAAAUGUCUCUCUAUCCUUCCUUAGAAGAUCUGAAGGUGGACAAAGUUAUUCAGGCUCAGACUGCCUUUUCUUCAAAUCCAGCUAAUCCAGCAAUCUUGUCUGAAGCUUCUGCUCCAAUUCCUUGUGAUGGAGGCUUGUACCCCAGACUGUAUCCAGAACUUUCUCAGUAUAUGGGCCUGAGCCUCAAUGAGGAAGAGGUGCAGAGAAACUUAGCAGUGGCAGCAUCUGCUCAGCCACAGGGUCAACUGGUAACACGACCUUCUACUAAUUACAUGGUAGCUCCAGUGACUGGAAAUGAUAUUGGAAUUCGCAGAGCAGAAAUUAAGCAAGGCAUCCGUGAAGCAAUUCUGUGUAAAGAUCAAGAUGGCAGAAUUGGACUUCGCCUUAAGUCUGUUGAUAAUGGUAUAUUUGUCCAGUUAGUUCAGGCUAACUCUCCAGCAUCCCUUGCGGGUCUGCGGUUUGGGGACCAAGUUCUGCAGAUCAAUGGUGAAAACUGUGCAGGAUGGAGUUCUGAUAAAGCACAUAAAGUUCUCAAACAGGCUUCUGCAGAAAGGAUUUCAAUGAUCAUUCGGGACAGACCUUUUGAACGAAUUAUUACCAUGCAUAAGGACAGCACAGGGCAUGUUGGUUUCAUAUUCAAGAAUGGAAAAAUAACCUCAAUAGUGAAAGACAGCUCUGCUGCAAGAAAUGGACUUCUGACAGAGCACAACAUCUGCGAAAUUAAUGGCCAGAAUGUAAUUGGGUUGAAGGACUCGCAGGUUGCAGACAUCUUGGCAACAGCUGGAAACGUAGUGACCAUCACUGUCAUGCCUUCCAGUAUUUAUGAUUAUAUAAUAAAGAGGAUGGCAACUAGCAUCAUGAAGAGCCUGAUGGAUCACUCUGUUCCCGAAGUCUAAACUUGCACCAUGGAUGUGUGUGUACAUAUAUAUAAUGAUGAUUCCACUAAACUUGGGCUAUUAUACUCAGUGAUCUCUUUCUUCUGCACAUGAGCCUUUCUGGAGGCUGAGAGAAGAUAUGCUGCAUCAAGCAUUUGCAUCUAUAAUGGCUGGGAAUGUCACCGUUCAACAUAUCUCGUGUAUUCACACACUGUAAAACUUGCAGCCUUACAUGCUUGACAAUGUGAAAUUCCAAUUGUGUUAUGACUUCUUUUUGUAGGUCUUUUAUUUAGCUUACUACUACUAUAAGCCAUUGCAACUAAAGGAACCAGGUAUCACUUGCAAAGCUACAUGUUGUUACCCAGGACAAUGCUGUGCUUUGUAUGUCUAAGACAAAUGAGUAUUUUUACUGCUUUUUGUUUGCAAGAGUAGAUUUGAAAUAGCAUAUUAGAAGUAAGGCUAGUACUAGUUAAUUUUUUGUUCUAGUAAAUACUGUUUACACAAAAAUGCCACCUAGCUGAAUAUAGCUCAAGGCAUCAGUCAGUAAGCGUUAAUUCAAGUAGUGUACAGAUACUCAAAUCUUUUUAUUACUUGUUAUAUGAAUUGUAACUAAUAUGCUUCUCUCUCGCCUUAACCAUGUUCUUUUAAGAAUUUAGACAUAACCAAAUAAAUGACCAAAACUUUA